AUGGCCCCUUCAGCUGUCGAGACCACGACGAACCCCGUCUCAGAAACACCAAAAGUAAAGCUAUACUCUGGUCACGUCGAAGGCGCUUACAAAGAGCUUUCCCCUACUUCCUACAUCAGAGAAUCCGAAGAAAAGGGCAUCGACGGUCAUGCCUCUGCCAAAUACCCAAACUAUCUUCCAACCUGGAACACAGACCAAGUCUUCCCUCCCCUAGAGCCCUUUGAGCACUACGAACACGGCAAAGACGCAGACCCCAGCUUUUCAAACCUCUUGACCUCAGACAGCAAAGUCUCUCAUCUCACUCCAACAAUCGGCACUGAGAUUGAGGGCGUUCAACUAAGCAGUCUAUCUGACGCCGGAAAAGAUGAACUUGCCCGUUACGUUGCUGAGCGCAAAGUCGUAGCCUUCCGAAACCAAGACUUUGCCGACCUUCCCAUCUCCGAAGCUCUCAAGUUUGGAGGAUACUUUGGCCGUCACCACAUUCAUCCCACAUCUGGAUCUCCGGAGGGUCAUCCUGAGAUUCAUCUCGUCCAUCGAAGUGCGGGUGAUAAAUCCUACGAGGACUUUUUCAAGACUCGUGUAAGCUCUGUUGCUUGGCAUUCUGACAUCACCUACGAGCAGCAGCCCCCUGGUACCACGUUCCUCUACGUGCUUGACAACCCCGACACUGGUGGUGAUACUCUCUUUGCCAACACUGUUGAGGCUUACAACCGACUAUCACCUACUUUCCAGAAGCUUCUGCAUGGACUCAAGGCGACACACUCUGGCAUUGAGCAGGUCAACGCAAGUGUGAAGAAGGGCAGUAUCAAGCGUCGUGAGCCUGUUGUGAACGAACAUCCCAUCGUGAGAACACACCCAGUCACUGGGGAGAAGUCUCUCUAUGUCAACCCUCAGUUUACACGAAGCAUUGUCGGGCUCAAGAAGGAAGAGUCCGAUGCUAUCCUCAACUUUCUCUUUGAGCACAUCGCCUGGGGCGCAGACUUCCAUGCCCGCGUCAAGUGGGCUAAGGGAACUGUUGUGGUAUGGGAUAAUCGAUCUGUUCAGCAUACUGCUAUUCUUGAUUGGCACUCUGGCCAGCGCAGGCAUUUGGCCCGAAUCACACCUCAGGCUGAGAGACCGUAUGAGACACCUUUCGAGAGCUAG